UGAGACCCAGCUUGGGGAGGAAUGGUUGACGGAAGGAGAAGGCAGUGACGAACAGCGUGCGAUGUUGAAAAAAGUACAAUCGGGUUGUGUGUGUGUUUUUUCCCCCCUCUCCUUGGCCUCAGGAUCGUCUCCCGCGCCCUACGACUUUCCCACUCCGGCUUCUUCGAAUCGCAGCUCGGCCACCGACGAUUUUUGCUACGUCUUCGUGGUGGAGCUGGAAAAGGGGCCCAUCGGUUUGGGGAUGGGACUGAUUGAUGGUUUGCAUACCCCUUUAAGUUCUCCCGGGAUCUACAUUCGGACUUUGAUCCAAGACAGUCCAGCGGCAACCGAUGGCAGACUCUCGAUUGGGGACCGCAUCCUUGCCGUCAACGGCACGAGCCUCGUUGGCUCUCAUUACCAGAG